UCAAGGUCUUUAAUGAUAUUGACUUCGCGAUUGAGUUCAAAAACUUGUGCAUUGUUUUCUGGAAUAUCUAAGUAACAUGCAGAUCAUCGUGGUGAAAAAUCGGGAUGAGGUAAUCUCAAAAUUAAUGGACCUCGUUCAAAAUAUUGCUGAAGAAUCCAUCUCUAAGAAUGGUGUUUUCACAAUCGGCUUAUCAGGGGGAUCCCUUGGUAGUUUUCUAGCUACUGGAUUACCCAAACUACAGGCAGAUUUAACUAAGUGGAAAUUGUUUUUCUGCGAUGAGAGAGUGGUUCCAGAGGAUAGUAAUGAUUCCACUUAUGGCUUUUAUAAGACCACUCUAAUAGGGAGCACCAAACUGAAAGAAGAACAGUUCAUAAAAAUAAAGCAAGGAGUUUCAGCCAAGGAAGCUGCAGAGGACUAUGUAAAACAAAUGAAGGAGCAUUUCCCUGAGGGAAAGUUACCAAGAUUUGAUCUUUUAUUACUUGGUAUGGGGCCAGACGGACAUACUUGUUCACUAUUCCCUUCUCAUCCACUUCUUAAAGAAAAUGAGAAGUGGAUAGCGGCUAUUACUGACUCACCCAAACCUCCACCAGAAAGAAUAACGAUGACUUUUAAAGUUAUCAAUAAUGCCAGAAAUUGCAUUUUUGCCAUGUGUGGAAAGGAAAAAGCACCUAUGGUGAAGAGAAUACUGAAAGAUAAAGAAAAUUUACCAGCAGGUCAAGUCAUUCCAACAAAUGGAGAAGUUUACUGGGUCUUGGACGAGGGGGCAGCAAAAGAAACGAAAUAGUCAAUUUGAAAUAUUUUAUUUUUAUAAAUUACAUAGGAUUUCUUUAAUAAAUAUCGCUUAUUAAAAUA